CGCUUCGCGAAAACUUGAACGCAUUCGCGUCUUGAGCGCUCAGUCGGCGUGUUCAGAACGGUUGCGCACGUACGUACUCGUGGAAAAAGCUGAAACGCUAAAAGUUUGGAAAGUUCAACUUUUUUGUUCUGCUUCUUAUCAAAAAGUUUGCCACGUAAUUUAGCACGCACCAUCUGCCAGUGUUUUAAUGUAGAAAUAUUGACCGAGAAGUUGUUUGCGUGACAAAGCAAAGUAAUACUUGUGAAGUGGCGUUUCUGAAGAAUUACAACGUUGAAAUUGGGGUUUGAAAUAGAAUGGCGUCCAUUCUAGAAUCAUUCGUUGAUAAUUAUAAUGAAUUAUCCAACAAAGAUCCUGAAGUGGAUGCCUUUUUGAUGAGUAGUCCACUGCCUGUGCUAAGUAUUCUAGUGGUGUACCUUUAUUUCGUCAUCAAAUUGGGACCGCAAUUGAUGCGAAAUCGUCAGGCGUUCGAAUUGAAACGCAUUCUGGUCGUUUAUAAUUUAUAUCAAGUGUUAUUCUCGGUUUGGUUGUGUUGUCGUGCAUUUUUGGUCAAAGAUGGCAUGGAAUACAUCUUUACGACUAGUUGUGCUGAUCCACACACUAAUCAUCCAAUUAAACGAGUGGUAACCGACGCUGCAUGGUAUUACUUUAUGUCUAAAGUUGUUGAAUUACUGGACACCGUAUUCUUUGUUUUGAGAAAGAAACAGAGCCAAGUGACGUUUUUGCAUGUUUAUCAUCAUUCGAUUAUGAUGUUCUUCUCGUGGUGUUAUCUCAAGUUUUUACCAGGUGAACAGGGUGUCCUAAUAGGAUUUCUGAACAGUUUAGUCCAUGCUGUUAUGUAUACAUACUAUUUAAUCGCCGCACUGGGUCCAAAAUAUCAAAAAUAUUUAUGGUGGAAGAAAUACAUGACCUGGAUACAACUUGCUCAAUUUUGUAUAAUGCUCGCAUAUCUCGUGAUGAUAAUCAUUAUGGAUUGCAAACUUCCGAAAGCGUUGACAUUUUUCUUCUUCGGAAACGUCGCCAUCUUUCUGUACCUCUUCAGUGACUUCUACCGCAACGCAUACUUGAAACCUCAAAGACCGAAACAUUUCCCCAUGCCCUGUAUGUCGAAUCAAUUAGUGGACGAGAAUAAAAACGAAGCGGACGAGGAUGCUCGAUGGAUGGAAGAGAAGUGCAAAUCCGCAUAAGUUUGCGAUGAUCUUUACCACAAAGUAUAAAUCACGUUUACGUUAAGUUAGCAGGCAGCAAAUUAGCGAGUUUUAAGCGGUUUACUUACGAACUACACGGGAAUUAACAAGUAACAUUUUUAUGCCAGCAGGAAUAGGAUAUGUACGCGGUUUAAAGUGUAAAUAGUUAUGGACUGUAUUACUUACCAACUUAUGUAUUGUAGAAAAGUUUGUUACAAAUACCAUAAAGAUUAAAUACACAAAAAUUUAUCUGUUUAUACAUAAAAUAACAAAAUUGUAUUUCAAACAACCAAAAUAUAUACUUUGAAUUGUUUUAUUUCAACUUUUAUAGACCAAAUAA